AUUAUGGUCGAUGGCAGUAACCACCAAAGUGACAGAGAGAGAAGGUGGACGGGGGCUGUGGAUACACACAAGCAUGGCACCCCUCUGACCAAAAAGCCACCAGAUUCCACCAAGUCAAGAAAAGUUAAAACCGAAAACUUACUUCGAGUGGACGAGCAUGAUUUCACAAUGAGACCGGCGUUUGCAGGUCCGGCCGUGCCAGUUGGUGUGGAUGUGCAGGUGGAGAGUCUGGACAGCAUAUCAGAAGUGGACAUGGACUUCACCAUGACCCUGUACCUGCGCCACUACUGGAAGGACGAGCGUCUGUCGUUUCCCAGCACCACCAACAAGAGCAUGACCUUCGACGGGCGGCUCGUCAAGAAAAUCUGGGUGCCCGACGUCUUCUUCGUCCACUCCAAGAGGUCCUUCAUCCACGACACCACCACGGACAACAUCAUGCUGAGAGUCUACCCUGACGGCCACGUCCUCUACAGCUUGAGGGUGACAGUCACGGCAGCAUGUAACAUGGACUUCAGUCGAUUCCCUCUGGAUUCGCAGACGUGCACGUUGGAGCUCGAGAGCUAUGCGUAUACGGAUGAGGACCUCAUGCUGUAUUGGAAGAGUGGGAAUGAUUCUCUGAGCACAGACGACAAGAUCUCUCUGUCUCAGUUCCUCAUCCAGCAGUUCCACACCACCUCCAGACUUGCCUUCUACAGCAGCACAGGUUGGUACAACAGGCUCUUCAUCAACUUCACUCUGCGACGCCACAUAUUCUUCUUCCUGCUGCAGACCUACUUCCCCGCUACGCUGAUGGUCAUGCUGUCUUGGGUGUCCUUCUGGAUCGACAGGCGGGCUGUGCCUGCCAGAGUGUCUUUGGGCAUCACCACAGUGCUGACCAUGUCCACCAUCAUCACUGGAGUGAACGCCUCCAUGCCGCGCGUCUCCUACAUCAAGGCUGUGGACAUCUACCUGUGGGUCAGCUUCGUGUUUGUCUUCCUUUCUGUGCUUGAGUAUGCUGCCGUGAACUACCUGACAACUGUGAAGGACGGGAAAGACAGGAAAAUGCGGGAAAAUGCGAGAGCCAGGGCACAGUCCUUACCGUGCACCUGCGGCCUGUCCCACACCAAGACCAUGAUGCUGGACGGCACGUACAGCGAGGCGGACACCAACAGCCUGGCGGGCUACACGCGGGCGCCCAUGGCCAUGCCCCCCGACAACCACCACCACCGGGACAGCCAGGACAGCCGUCAGCAGCAGCAGGAGCGCAUGGUGGUGCACCUGUCCCUGGACAGCGACUACUCUGCCAGCGGCAAGAAGAAGGGCAUCUGGAGCUUCAACAUCAUCCAGAACACCCACACCAUCGACACCUACUCCCGCAUGAUCUUCCCCGGGUCCUACAUCAUCUUCAACCUCAUCUACUGGUGUGUGUACUGCUGAAGUGGCCGGUCUGGUCUGUUCUCGGAAAGGUUUCUCGUCGAGAUUUGAUGGAGGGAAUAUGAAUAGUGGCCUGUGUCAUCUUCAGGCUCAUCGUUUUGUGUACUGCGAAGGACUUUUCUCGGACAAUUGACCGUACCGAUUCAACUGGAGGGAACAUUUAUAUUGGCCCACGUCAUCUUCAAUCUCAUCUACUGUCGUGUACACUGCUGUGCUUGGACAAUUUCUAAUGUUGAUAUUUGAUGGAGGGAGGAGUGCAAGGAGAAGGACCUUUUUGUGGAGGGUUUGAGAUGUGACUG